AUAUAAAAAUUGGAAAAAGUGGAAGUGGUUUUCCGGGAAGUCGAGUUCCGAGUUCCAAUCCAUCCUCUUCCGCUCCUCUUCACUUGGAGAAAUUCUCCGCUUUCGAAUCCGAACCCUGGGAGUGCGCUCUCGAGAGGGACGGGAACUAGGGUUUUGGAGAGCUCGCUGGUGUGGGGUCUUUGAUUGGAUUAGCUUUGUCUUGGAAUUUGCUGGGGGUUUUGAUGCUUGUUGGAUGAGAUGGAGCUCUUGGUGUGAUUUUGAGCCCAGAUGUUAUGAAUUCUGCGCCAACUCAGGUUGCUGCUUCUGGAAGAUUGAGUAUAUAUGAACCAAACCACCAGAUUAGCAUGUGGAGCGAUUCCUUCAAAGCUGAUAGCAGUCAAAAUACUAGCGCAUCAACCAUUGUUGAAGGAGAGGUGAAAUUGAGUGAUAAAUUAGAAGAUAAUUCCCAUGAGGCAUUAAGACAGUCAAAGAAAUUUGACCAGGAAGCAAACCGGCCUUCUGAUAAGGUACUAAGACGGCUUGCACAAAAUCGAGAGGCUGCACGAAAGAGCCGACUGAGAAAAAAAGCUUAUGUUCAACAACUAGAAUCAAGUCGAAUCAAACUAUCACAGCUUGAACAGGAACUUGGGAGGGCAAGACAGCAGGGUUUGUAUAUAGGUGGUAAUUUAGGUGAUUCAGCUCUUGGGUUUUCAGGAAAUGUUAAUUCAGGAGUUGCUGCUUUUGAGAUGGAAUAUGGGCAUUGGGUUGAAGAACAGAACAGACAAAUUUGUGAACUAAGAACUGGUUUGCAAGCACAUGUAUCUGAUAUCGAGCUUCGAAUACUUGUUGAAAGUGGAAUGGCCCAUUAUGAUAAUCUCUUCCGGAUAAAAGCAAUAGCUGCAAAAUCUGAUGUCUUCUAUCUUAUGUCUGGCAUGUGGAAAACAACUGCAGAACGGUUUUUCCUCUGGAUCGGGGGAUUUAGACCGUCAGAACUUCUAAAGGUCCUGUCCUCACAGCUUGAGCCAUUAACCGAACAACAAGUUGUAGCUGUCUACAAUCUGCAGCAAUCCUCUCAACAAGCUGAAGAUGCUCUCUCCCAAGGAAUGGAUAAACUUCAGCAAACUCUUGCCGAGACUUUAACAUCUGAUCCUUUAGAUCUCUCUGGCACAAACAAUUAUAUGGAACAAAUGACAGUUGCAGUUGGGAAGUUGGAGGCACUUGUCAGCUUCGUGAACCAGGCAGAUCAUCUUCGGCAACAGACACUGCAGCAAAUGUACAAGAUUCUAACGACUCGUCAAGCAGCACGAGGCCUUCUCGCUCUCGGUGAUUAUUUCCAGCGUCUUCGUGCUCUGAGCUCACUAUGGGCAGCUCGUCCCCGUGAACCUGCCUAAUAAUAUGAUUAAAACUUGUACUAUUAUAGCUUGUGUUUCACAUUGAUAUAGAAGAGUACCAUCACUCCAAAUGAAAACAAGGAUGCGUCGAAGGCCUGCAGUUCAACAAUAACUCAGAAAUCUCAAUGCAUUUGCUGCUGAUUUUCUUACAAGGAAUCUGCAAGCAUAGAUAUUGUGGUGGAAAUGUGUAAAUACUGCUCCUCUGUGUCCUGAUUUGCACAUUUGAACUCAAGGAAGUUGUCUGUAUUUUAGUGAUGCAUGUUGUAAUUUAUUUUGCAUCAAUUUGUUUGUCCGCAAUGAAUUGAUUAAUGAACUUUGUCUAUAGUUUCCUGUACUCUUAA